AAAUACCCAGUUAGCAAUGAACACUUCCCAUAUCAUUUUUAUCGCCUAGUGGUCACUCUUUAUCAUCGGCCACAAAGAUUGCAACUAUGUUUCUGUUCCUGAAGACUUGAAUUAAAUCCACUCAAAGGUGUUCUCGAAACAUGACCUGGGUGAAAUUCGUACUGUUCUCAAUACUAUUCACCAGGGAAAUAAUAGCAUUUCUUCACCAGGAAUACAGGGAUGGAUAUACAAAUUGUUCGACGAACGACAGUGAACCAAUCGUCUUCAAGGGUAUAGACUUAAAACAAUUUAGGGAAUCCCAGAAGAGAUUCUAUGAUAUUACAGACGACCAGUAUAUUUGUGAUUUAGGAGAUGAUAGGAAUUGCGAUUCGUGGUGGACACUUGAUGACUGGAAGAGAGUAAGUUCCAUCAGAAAUGGAAUGACCGAAGUUCUGAUGGAUGAAAGAUGGCAAGAAUUGAAAGUGCAACAGCUUGAAGAUAAAUUCCAAAACGGUACUGAAAAAUACACCAAAUUAUUCAGCGCAGAUGAUAAAACUAUCGUGGUUCCGAUUUCUUGGAGUAUCUCGAAGGAUGCCGAAUUUCUAUUUUGUUCGGAAGAGAUAAUUCAAGUGUCACAUUGUGCGAAGAUAAGCUUCUUAAGAGGAAUUCAGUUGCAGAUGACCGGAUUUGUUAAUGGAAAAAUUGAAACCCUAGCGAACGAAACAAACUGGGUAGAUGGAAAAUGGCGAAGUUUCCUCUGGUCCAUAGAAAAAGGAAGAUUUAAAUUCAAACAGUACGUCAACAAUGCCACAAAAUUCGAAAUCAACUACCCAGUACCUUACGAUGUAACCUUGAAACAUCUAUUUGGUCAUUCCACAGGUCCGAAAGAUUUCGUAAAAAUUCACAACUAUAAUUUCCUGCGGACACAAAAAGCCGGGUUCCACCAAAUUGGUAGACCGUUUCACAUGAAACGAGGCAGUGUUUGUAUCACGAUGUACGUCACCAUGUGUAAAACCUGUAAGAUGAUUUUUAUGAUGUCUGAGAAGGAAGUAGCCAAUGUGCAGAUGGCAGAGGAGGGAACUUGGAAGAAUAUUAGAAUCAAUGUAACCGGUUCGAAAAACCGCUAUGAACAACUUUACGUUCUAAACAUUGGCAAUAACUAUGCCAAUAGGGAGAAGAACUAUUGGGCCUUGGACUUCGUGAAAUUAUGUUCAGCUGUGAGGUUCAUAGCAUUACCUGGGUUUUACGCAUGCGAACAUCCUGAGCCGUUUACACAGAAAAAAUGUUGCGAUUCAUUUGAGAGUGGUUUUUCAAAAUUAUGUUCUGGAUCUAGUCCUCAUUGCGUUUUCAUUGAUCGAAGUGUGGAUUUUUUUCGAAUAAUCUCCUUCAACAAUGACACUAUAUCGUUCAUUUAUAAAAACAAUAACGACUCAAAGGAAGUAAGGAAGGAUAAUCCGUCUAUAUCAUUCGCGUGUUCAAAGAAUUAUGUAUUUGGGACAGGAAAAGCAUUCAUCGGGAAGGCAAGAAGUUUACAAAAAUGUACAUUGUGGCCAGACUAUUUUUGUGGCUCCAUCAAUUUAUCUAUGAACGAGAUGGACGAACCACAUCAACCCUUUCUCAUUGACUGCAAAUGUACUUUUUUCAAUAAAUUGUUGCAGGUAGAUGAAAAAAAAAAUUCUCAUUUGCAAUUAUACCUUAGAGACUCGUUUGCGGAAUAUGAAGUUGUAGAUCCUCCUCGUAACUUGGCAGUCAAGUGUAUCGUUGGUAAAAAUGAUAUUUCCAUAAAAUGGUCACAUCCAUUCGUUGGCGAAACAUAUGUAAAAGGAUUUAAAAUAAACAUGAUCCUAUCAGAUCACACCCAGACAAAACUGAAGCAGUAUUCUUCGUAUUACUACAUCAAGAAACCAAAAAAAGAGUAUUGGUUCUCGAUUGAUAAAUACACGUACGAGUCCUGUUCUAACUACUUCAUUCAAGUGAGAACAGUUAGAAACACAGGACUUGGUUUUGCUUCAACACAAACAAUUACCACAGGACCAUUUUUGCCGAGUGUUGAAAUUGAGAAACUGGAACGUUCAGAAAACGUCACUUUUUCUAUUAGAUCUCUGCACAGUACGAAAAAAUGCCAUAAAAGUCACGUGGACUUUGCAAAAUUCAUUAUAAUCUUGGAAUCUAUAGGGGGAAACCAGAGUGCAUCCAAAGAAAUGCGGGGAUUGGAAGAAAUACUGAACAAGAAAUUCAAUGGCACUUAUCGUAUAUUAAAGAAAUACAAAAUGGAGAAUUCCACGGCCAAAUCGAAGUUUGAAAUUUUUCUAGGAGAUCUGGAGGUACUGGAAAUUACAGACUCUGGAUCCAAAUAUGAACUUUUGAAUUAUACAGCGAAUUUUGAGGAAGAAAAUCAUCUGAUUAUACUGGAAGUUGUAACUUACAGAAGAAAUGUAAAACAUUAUGAGCACAUAUUCUAUUUUGGUGGAUCAAAUGGAUCAUCCGACUACAGUAUUAUGAUUUGGAUCAUCGCUAUACCCCCAAUAUUGAUAGGAUUACUAGCGGUAUUUUUCACGUACUGUUGGUGUUAUAUCUGUAGAAAGCGUAAGAGAAAAGUUAUCGAGAGCACAAGAAGACCGAGAACUAUCGAGAAUAUCUAUUUUUUGGGUGAUAGAGUCCAACUCCUGGACAAAAAACUGUCUAUCACAAAACAAGAUGGAGGUUUGGACACAGGUUGUGAAACUCUUGUUCAUCAUCCCCAUUUUACACAUUUCCAGAAGGAACUAGAAGGGAAAAAAAGUGCAAAUUCCGAUUCCAAACCUGUCAGAAUUGCCGACUUCGAAAAAUACUUGAAAAUGGCGAUAUCAAACAAAGAACUGACUACGCAAUUCGAGUCUCUUCCAAAGAACCUUACUAAACCUUGUGAAAUAGGGCAACUGGAAUGCAACAGACCGAAAAAUCGUUUCAAAGAUAUCAUACCAUAUGAUCACACAAGAGUAAAACUCCAAAUGACAAAAAACAGAGAAGGAAGUGAUUAUAUCAAUGCCAGCUUCAUCAUGGGACACAAGAACAAAAAAUCUUACAUCGCUGCGCAAGGUCCAAAAUCUCUUACUAUCAACGAUUUCUGGCGUAUGAUUUGGCAAGAAAACGUGAGGAAUAUAAUAAUGCUAGUCAAUUUGACAGAAGAGGGCGUGAAAAAAGUUGAGAAGUACUGGCCGAAUCCAAAUGAAGAUUUUCAGUUCGGAGAAGUACAUAUCUUCCACGAUUAUUCUGAAAUAUUAGCAGACUACGAAAUACGAGGUUUCAGGCUAGUGUGUGGUGGAAGCGAAAGAAAGGUCUACCAAUAUCACUUUAAAAAUUGGCCAGAUGAUGGUGUUCCAAUUCCUUUUCAAUCUUUAGUAACUUUCAUUAGGAAAACUCUGGAAAUUCACACAAAAUCACCCACACUGGUUCACUGUUGUUCUGGAAUAUCGGCAACUGGUGUAUUCAUCUUAUGUCACAUAUGUUUGGGAAUGGCACAUGAGGAUGGAAUAAUAGACGUUUUCAAAGUUGCUAAACAGCUCAGGGAGCAACGGGUCAACAUGAUUCACAAUUUAACGCAGUAUAAACUGGCCCAUUUAUUGAUUCUCGAAGGUUUGGCAGGAUUGCAAGCCGUCAUUUCAUGUAACGAUGACAUCGAUAAACUUGUUGCAAAAUUGACCGGUCCUGAGGAAUUGAAACUCCAGAUGGUAUAUUUGGAGGAUCUCUCCUGGCAAUACAGGUCACUCUUCGAAGAUUCGCAUUAUGCUGGAUCGUAUAAGGUCUAUAUGGAGAAGAAUAAAGUAGCAGACAUUUUUCCAGAUGCUAUAGGAGCUGUAGAAUUGGAUAAAUAUCCAGAGAAGGAUGAGAGUUCUGGCUACAUCAACGCGGUCAAGGUGGAUGGAUACCAGUUUAGCCAGAGAUACAUUGUCACACAACAACCUAUGCCAAAUACUUUAAACGACUUCUGGAGAAUGGUAGUUCAGCAUGAAGUCAAUGUGAUUAUCUCCUUGAAUGAUAUCAAUUUAAAAGAUAAGAAAUCGUGUACCAUAUGGCCAUGUGAAGAUAAUCCAGUCAUUUCACCAGUGGAUUUCAUCAUAUUGAAACAUCAUUCUACUGUUAAGAACGAAAACUAUGAAGUGAUUGAAAUGCUUGUGAUGGUGCAGGGGAAAAAGAAAAAAUCGAUGAAAGUAACGAUAGCAUCACUCAAAGGAUGGAAAUCGAAAGCUUUGCUACCAGAGAGUCCACAGCAUUUCUUGAAAUUCUGUGGAUUUGUGGAUUCAAUCACCAGACAACUGAAGAACACUGUUGUGACAUGCUACGAUGGUUGCCUUGCAUCAGGAGUAUAUGUAGCAACCUCAUACUUGAUUGAUAUGAUAAAAGUGCAAAAGAGCUUCGAUAUUUGUAACAUCAUCAGGUCGAUAAGAAGAGAUAGAAAACAGUUUAUAACUGGAGAAUUGCUUCUUCAUCAAAACUGUGUCCAAAGCUUGGAACAUGGAUGCAUGGAGGGAAUGGUCAUUGCAGUGAUACGAACGCAUUUUUUGUUUCCACACAUACGAUACUGUCCAGUGCGACACUAAGGCAGUGGCGUUACAUGGAAAAAUGUACAUAUUUCCCAUCUGUAUUCGCAUUAAAAAUUGAUGUCACCACAAUGUCUGAGCCUACCUUCUCAACUGAGACUGGUGACACUAAGCAACUCACUUUCCCCAGUCUUUUUUCUUCUUCUUAGUGUGCCAUCUCCGUCAAUAGUUAGAUAUCCGUUAGUCUUUGGAUAACAACAAAUGUUUAUUUUCCUUUCCAUGUAUUCAUGUUUCGAAGUCCAAA